GUUCUACGAGUGUGAACGAGGUCAAGUAGGUCACAAAGUCAAAACCGUAAAGACAAUCAAGUUGGUCAAGAUGGUAAGAAAGGUAAAGAACCAAAACAAAUUAAGUAUGUUCAUGAAGCUCAAGACAGUAAACAAUGUCCAGAAAAUAACAAAAGUUAAUACGUUCAUGGCGAGUAUGUAUGAAAGGCGCUGAAAGACGAAAGCGGUCAAAAAAGGGGACGAUUGAGACAGGAGGAGUGCUGAGGGGGUGUGGCCUAUGUCAUUUUGGUCAAUAAGAGCCCCGGCGGCCUCCUCGACUUUCCUCGUCGUCACGUCUUUGUGUUGUCCGCGCGUCUUUUUAAUCGAAGCGAAUGAGUUUCAACGUCUUUCACUGUCACCUGGCUUGUGUUUUUCUCCCGCUUUCGCCGUCUACUAAAAUGUUUUGACUUUUCCUCUUGUUUUGGCGGGAACGCGAGGGCGACUCAACACAACAUUUUGUCGACGAGAACGAGCGUGCCGUUUUGAUUGUUUCUCCUCGUGUCAAAACGCUUUCAUUCGCUCGCCGCCGUUUCUGUCGGAGGCGCUUAGGGAAAUGCAAUUAUGCGCUCUUGUGCUGAAUGUGUUUUUGCUCAACUUUGAAUUUGUCGUUUUUGUUGUUCUGACUGCAUUUUUGACCAGGCAUGUUGAAGUGUGCUCAUUUGCACUUCCUCUGGCUCGUCUUUGAAUUUCUCCCAGUCAGGUGGUUGUCGUGUAACGUGUGAGGUUUGAAUGAAUACUAUUAUCAACUUACUUGGAACCAAUUUUUGCCUCAAGGCGUAUGCUUUUUUUUUUUGACAGCUAUUUCGACCACUGUUCGUGAGUUUUGAGGCUGUUUUAAGCCAACAGAAUGUACAUUAUUUUCAGUGUCUUUUAGUCUCAACAAAAACAGGCUUUGACCACAAUUUCUGACUGUUUUCAGUGCAUUUGGAAGUUUUGACUUGGCUGUGUCUUUUUGGCCAAACAAAAUUUGAUUUUGAAUGUUUUUAUGUGCUUUUUAACACAAUUUUGAGCAUCUUAUUUUGUUUUGAUUUAAUGCCUUUUGGAUAUGCAAAUUCGCUUUUAAUGUGUUUUAGUUUUUUAAUGCUAAACGCUUUGGGGGGGGUUGCAUUUUUUUUUUUUUUUUUUUUUUUGUGCGUUAUGACCAAGUUUUGAGAUGUUGACCUUUGCUUGUUGCUCGCCAUCUAUCUUGAAACUUUUCCCGGUCAGCCAAUGGCACUUUUGUAGUGUGACAUGUAAAUUGCAACACUGUCAGUUGAACUUUUUUAGAGAUUUUUAGUCUCACCGCAAAUGCGAUUUCAGCGCAACUUUUGAACAUUUUCGAUGCGUUUUGACUCGCGUUAUUGUGUCCCGUGAACUUUGCGUCUGUAUUAUCACCAUUCUGACUACUCCUGCUUUCCUAUCAUGUUUGAGUUUAAACGCUAAUAAGACACAUUUAACGCAACUUUUGAACGUUUUAGUUAUUUGAGCGGGCGUGUUGACUUUUGCUCAUUUGCGCCUCCUCUGGCUCCUCUCUGAACUUUUUGCGGUCAGUCAAUGACGCGUUUCUAGCCAAUAAUAUCAAUCAAUACUGCAGUUGCUUCUCGCUCACCAACUAUUCAUUGAAGGAGUGUUGGCGAUGGAGAACGCGUCGUGGUCGUCGCCGGCGGUGUUGGAGCUGGACGGCCUGAGCGGCUUGAGUUCCCAUCAGCGGCGCAUUUACUUUGCGCUGGCGCUGGCGUCAUACACGCUGACGCUGCUGGUGAACGUGAUGCUGAUGGUGACGGUAGCGGCGGAGAAGACGCUGCACCGCCCCAUCUACGUGCUGGUGUGCAACCUGUGCGCCAACGGCGUGCUGGGGGCGUCGUGCUUCUACCCCAAAAUGCUUCACGACUUGCUGGCCGAGGCGCACGUGGUGUCGUACGUCGGCUGCCUGGCGCAGAUCCUGGUGCUCUACUGGUACGUCUUCGGCGAGUUCGCCAGCCUGACCGUGAUGGCCUACGACCGCUACGUGGCUAUAUGUCGCCCGCUGGCCUACGGCGCCAUUAUGACCACGCAAAAGGUUUGUGCGCAAGGACCUUUCAUUGGUUACGGUGACAUUGAUGUUUGGCGGCUGUUGCUGCUGGCGUGGGUGUUGCCACUGCUGGAGACGAUGGCGGGCGCGGCUCUGACGGCGCGCCUGCCGCUGUGCGGUCGGCGGAUCCGCCGGCUCUUCUGCACCAACUGGGCGCUGGUCAAGCUGUCGUGCGCCAACACCAUCGUCAACAACGUCUACGGCUUUGCGCUGAUGUUCCUGCACGUGGCGCAGGCCGUCCUCAUCGGCGUCUCGUACGGCCACCUGGUGCGGGCGUCGCUGCAUUCCCGUCGCAACCGCCGGCGCUUUGUGCAGACGUGCCUGCCGCAUGUGCUGACACUGAGCUUGUUCACCGGCUCGCUGCUCUUUGACGUUCUGUUCGAGCGAUACGGCGGCGGCCGGUUGGGGGCGGUGCACCACGCGCUGGCUGUGUUGUUCAUGGUGGCACCGCCCCUCCUCAAUCCGCUCAUUUACGGCUUCAACCUGCAUUGCAGCGGCCACCCUACCCCGACGAUGACAUCUAACGUGACGUAUUCCUAUUUCAUCCUAUCUUUCUACGACGACCUGGGCUCCGCCAAGUACGCGGCUUUCGGCGCCACCGCGUUGGCGUACGCGGCGGUCGUGGCGUCCAACGCGUCUCUGGUGGCGCUGAUCUACCGGGACGGCGACCUCCGCGCCCGCCCCAUGUUCGUCCUGGCGGCGUCCCUGUUCGCCAACCAGCUGCUGGGCUCCACCGCGCUACUCCCGUCCCUGGCGGCGCACACGCUAAGCUCCUCUCACGCCGUGUCGCCUGCCACGUGCUUCUUGCAGAUCUUCGCCAUGUACUUGUACGCGCGCGUGGAGUUCUGCACGCUGGCCGUCAUGUCGUACGACCGCUACGUGGCCAUCUGUCGGCCGCUGAACUACGACGCUCUGGUGUCCCCGCGACGGGCGCUGCUGGCCGUGUUGCUUCUGUGGGUGUACUCGAUGGCGUGGGUCGCCUCCGCGGUGGCGGCCAACGCCCGCCGGCCGCUCUGCGGAAACGUCAUCCCCUCCCUGUAUUGCCACAAUUACCUGGUGGCCCGGCUGCUGUGCGGCGACUCGCGCGCCAUCGACGUCUACGGCUUGGUGGCCACGGCGGCGUCGGUGGUGGUGCCGCUGCUGCCCGUGCUCUACUCGUACGCCAGCAUCCUGCGCGUGGUGUUCUCGGGCCACCGGAAGGCCCUGCGCAAAGCGCUGGAGACGUGCGCGCCUCAUCUGGCCUCGCUGGUCCACUUCAGCUUCGGGUGCACUUUCCAGGUGGUGCACACGCGCUUCGACGUCAGCGCCCUGCCGCGAGCCCUGCAGAACUUCCUGUCGCUCUACUUUUUGCUCGUGCAGCCUGUCGUGGACCCGCUGGUGUACGCGGCCCACGUGACGCAAAUACGGCAAAUGUGCAAGAAAGUGCUUUGCGGCCAACGGCGGGACGACGGGCCGGCGAAAAUCGCAGAAAUGAGGAAGCGUGAAAGGGCAAACGGGAACAAGGACAUGCCAGCAUGUGAUGGAAAUAAACCGCAAAUGGUUUGCAAUAUCAAACAAUAAAAAUGACACAAAUCAACAGCUGUCACGUGUUUACCCAUUAACAUCUUUUUUUUUCUUUGUUCGUCUCUCUGACGCCAACGACGCCCUGAAAAGAAAUCAAAACAGGUCAAAACAAAUCUGCCUGACUGUCCUAAAAAUGUAUUUAACCGCACAGUUAACGCCUUACACUGUAAAAAAAAA